AUGAUCGAUGAAAACUUACCCACGUUCUUCCUCAAGAACAACUCAAAACAACCUCAGAUCAGCACAAUAUACCAUCGUCAGCAUGGCAAUGACCCCGAACCUGCUUACGCCCUGCGAACCCUUGAUCCUGCCUCCCCAACAUCACAAAAUCGCUACGGAGUCGCGCUGUACGACCCUUACGUGACAGACGUUGUCUAUGGCGAGGUCGCUGUGGCCCCAGAUUGGACCCAACCGAGUCUGUCGGCAGACGCAAUACGAGCAAAUGGCGGCAUUGUACCGCCCCCAGAACCCAUCCUCCCUACGGAAUUUACCAUCCAACUCUACAACCCCGAUCAGGAGAUCAUAGUGAAAUACCAUACCAAAUCGUGGAACAAACCAGCACGGUGGGAAUUUGAGAUGCCGCAGAAGACAUUCCGGGUUCCGUCCACUUCAGCGCUAGACCAGACUCAGAUUGAUCCCUCUCUUGCAGAUGUUACUCCAAAGUUGAGGUUCAGCUGGCGUAAGGAUGGGAAGCUGUCAAAGGAUUUGACAUGUCUGCUGCACGGAAAAACUUCAACAAUUCCUGACACGCGCACAAAGAGCCGUGAGCCAGAUAUUACGGUCGCUCUAUUCCAAGGGCUCAAGGAGCUUACUCUCUACGAGCCCAAUCUUUAUCGCGUCGAGAUGGAAGAUACCAAGGGUUUAGAGGUCGUGCUACUCUUAGCUGCCGUUGCCAUUCGAGAUAUUUUCUUCGGGCCUGCCAAGGAGGCCUUUCACAUUACCCCCGGUGGGCCGAACCAAGCACGCAAGCAAGCAGGAGUAUCCACUACAACUGCGGCGAUGGCCACACCACCUGGUGAUCCCAGGUACGAUCGGAAGAAUCCACAGGUCCGACCUCCUGGACCAGAAAUGAAUAGAAAGUCAUCCACACCACGGCUCAGCAUCCCGAACUCCUCAUCUCCAGCCCCGCAAGAGAGGAGACGACAGGACGAACUCGCAAGACAGGAGGAGGAGCGACGAACCCAGGAGGUUCUCGCCGCAGAACAAAAAGCACGGCGUCGACGGGAGGCAGAAGUCGAAAAAGAAACCAAACGCCUGCAGCAGUUAUACGGGAAAGAAGAAGAGCAAGCUAGAAUGCAACAACAUACUCCAGCCCCAUCUUCCCGGCCGUAUCUCCCACCCCGACCUACUGGGCCCAGUAGUCAGCCUUACUCCCACCAAUACUCUCAAUCCUCAGUCCAGCUUUCCUCUCAGCCCGCAACCCGUCAAUCUCAUAAUCCCCGUCAACAGCAUUCCCACGGCACACCGGUACCCAACGGCCCAUACCUUCAUGCACCGGGGCGCAUGGAUCCCCGAGCCCAAUCCUCCACCCACCUCAUGCAGUCGCGACCCCGACCUCAGUCUACUGUUGGGUUCCACCAACAACCUACCAGUAGUGGAGCCCUCCCAGCAGUAUCGAGGCCGACGCCUCAAGUGCAACCGAAAAAGAGCAGUUUCUUUGGUUUCCGGCGGAACAGGGAAGAAAACACUGCUACCAAGCUUGAAAAAAAGCGGAGUUCUAUGGUCUGA